AUGGACUUCGAUCUCGAGGCUAAGGCUCAGGCUGAGGUACCUACUGAGUGGAAGCCUACUAGGAGAGAGUUACUGGUAAUGAUCAGUCUGAGCUUUAUCUCGCUGAUGGUCGCGUUGGACGCGACUGUCCUCGUUACUGUGCUGCCGGAAAUCGCACAUUCCCUCAACGGGACUUCAGCGGAGGCCUUCUGGGCAGGCACUUCAUAUCUCUUGACCUCCGCCAUCUUUCAGCCGGUCAUUGCUUCAAUCUCUUCCAACUUCGGCCGCCAGCAGAUGCUCUUGCUCUCCUUGACCCUUUUCACUGUUGGCACUAUCCUCUGCUCGGUUGCCCACAACUUCACAAUACUGCUUACUGGUCGCUCUGUCCAAGGUAUUGGCGGUGGUGGCAUCAUUACCGUGACCCAGGUGAUCUUCUGCGACAUCGUACCCUUGAGGCAGCGGCCCAAGUACUUUGCUAUGGUCCUCGGGGCCUGGUCAAUUGGCAGCAUCGUCGGGCCUGUAAUUGGUGGUUCCCUGGUUGAGAACGCAUCGUGGCGUUGGUGCUUCGACAUCAACUACCCGUUCUGCGGUAUUGGAUUCAUCGUCGCCGCCUGCUUCGUUCGCAUGAACGCCACAACACAGCUGACAGUUGCGCAAAAGCUGAAGCAGACCGAUUGGAUUGGUGCUUUCCUUUUCAUUGGUAGCUUCACUAGCUUCCUCGUCGGCCUUUCCUUUGGCGGUGUCCAACACCCUUGGACAUCCGCCGCCACACUUGCACCUAUGAUCAUAGGUCUGGCGGGCAUUGCUGCCUUCCUUGGCUGGCAGGUGUACAAGAAGCCUCACAGCCUGCUGUCAAUGUCAAUCUUCUACAAUUGGUCAGCUAUCUCUGCGUUCUACUGCGCCAUGAUCAACGGCCUUGUCCUCUUCACAGCUCUCUACUACAUUCCCUUUUUCUUUAUGUCAGUUCGUGGUCAAUCACCAACUCACGCAGGUAUCGACUUGUUUCCUGCUGUCUGUUUCCUUGUUCCUGGGUCUAUCGUUGUCGCAGCCUUGACUGCGAGACUUGGACGAUUUCGGUGGGCCAUCUGGCUCGGUUGGGCCGUCACAACAAUCGCCUGCGGUCUCUUUAUCAUCUUCGACAUCCACACCAGACUUGUAGUCAUCGCUGUGGCUCUUGCACUUUUCGGCAUUGGCUCCGGUAUGGUCUUGACCAGCGUAAACGUCGGUAUUCAAGCUAUCUCAAAGGUUGAAGACUGCGCUAUGGCUGCUAGCAUGUACGGUUUCUUCCGUAGCCUCGGUAUGCCUAUUGGUGUCGCACUGUCGGGUACCGUCUUCCAGAACGCUAUGUCGAGCAAGUUAACAGCCCUUGGUCUCCCCACACAGAUUGCCCACGACUCUGAGCAAUAUGUCUUUGUCCUUCGGUCAAUGGCAGAUGGGGCCAAGAAGACUGCGAUCCUCGAGUCCUACAUGCAUGGAUUCCAUGCGGUGUUCAUUUUCGUCUCCGUCAUAUCCGCGAGCGCGUUGGUUGCCAGCUUGGUCAUCCGGAAGUUCAGCAUGGACAAAAUCCUGCUUACAGCAUACUCAGUCAAAUGA